CGGCCGAUAAUAUUGACGCAUUUGCUGUUUAAUACACGCCCCUUCAAUUCUAAAAAUACCAUGCGUCUUGCUGUCUGCUUCUCCAGUUGCCUGGAGUCACUCAUCCUGACAACAAAGGACAAGGAUUUCCCGCGUUUUUUUACGUCAAUUCGCAAAACUUUUUUUUAAUGAAAAAAUAAUAAAGAUUUUUAAAUUGAGAAGUGCGCGGCAUCUGAAUUUUAUUAUUUAGAAAAGGAGUUUUUUUUUAAUUUUUAAUGCGGAAAAUUUAAUUGUGAUUUUAAAAAAAACGGUAAAAUGUGUUCGUUAAAACUUUUUGUGUUUCUUAUGUUUGUGUUUAUGUAUUUGGAAGUGAACGCAAAAUUGUCGGACGGGGAUUCGAGUGAAACCGUGCAGGAACCACCACAGCAUCAGAAACAACCAAAGAUGGUAGAAACAAGUGGUGCUGGUGGUCCGGCGCUGAUGUUUGCUGAGGAGUUGAAGAUCACUCUAGAACGAUACUUAUUCGGGCUAUGUCCUCAGACUUUCAAGUCUCGUUGGUUUCAGAUGCCGCUGGGGAAGAACAAGAACGCCACAGUCUUCACCUGCGACCUGGACACUGAACAGCAGGACUUGGCGGGAAGACUGGCAACACUUGCUCUGCGAGCGCACUCCGCGUCGCGCACAGACUGCCUGCGGUUCGGCUCCGCGCUCGCCAACACGCUCGGCGAACUUGCUCGGACCGCCGCCAACAGGGCCGCUAUGAAUGCUUCAUCAAGCGAAGCGAACAAAAAGCGAAAAUUAUCCAAGAGUCAAAAAGCGAAAAUCCAAGCGAAGCAGCGCACAGCGCUGGCUGUCAAGAAGAAGGCUGCCGCAGCCGCCGCCGCCGCUGCUGCUAAAAUGGCGGCCUAGUGUAGAAUAAUAAUAAAUAAAUAAAUCGACACGAGUCUAGUUUAUUGGUGUCCACCCAAAGGUUGACUGGAAGAUAGCCAUAAGGAACAUAACCAUAUAAAUAAAUAAAUAGUAUAUAAGUAGGUACGGGACAAAUUACACAGAUUGAGUUAGCCUCGAAGUGAGUUCCGAGACUUGUGUUACGAGAUACUAACUCAACGAUACUGUAUUUUAUAAUAAAUACUUGUAUAGAUAAACAUCCAAGACCCGGGCCAAUCAGAAAAAGUUAUUUUCUCAUCAUGCCCUGGCCGGAAUUCGAACCCGGGACCUGCGGUGUCGCAGACAAGCGUAUUACCGCAGCGCCACAGAGGCCGAUAUAAAGAUAAGUAGGACUUUGUAUGAUAGUGUGUUAGUUUGUCUAAGGAGUGAAUUGGUUUCGAAUGAAAGUUCUAAGUAAGCUAUUUUCUGGGUAAAAUCAUUGGUGUCUACUGGGUUUAAGAUACAUUUUGGCUAAUUAUAAUACAUUUGCACGGAUCUUAUUAACUGUCAUUUACCUAAGCCCAAAAAUAAUAAAUAAGAGUUAAAGUAGUUACUACGUUUAUAAAAUAAUGAAAAACCUUAUGUAAUUAGCUAUAUAAGUAUGCUUAAUGUAUAAUACAUAUAUAAAAUAUAAUGUAAUUAUAAAUAUCGUUAUUUAAAAUUCUU